GUUGGCCAAAUGACUUCCGGACCCAGAUUCUCUGCCCUACUAAUCGCGGCCCUGACCCUCGCCCUGGUGGCCCACACUUGGGCCGACGAGUUCGAUCUGGACUACUCCAACGAGUACGACGAUGUGCGACCGCACUUGGUCUAUCCGGACGAUCCAAGGCUGGACAAGCGGAUCGGCGAUGCGGCGCGGGAGUUUGGACAAAAUAUAACCCAAGCCUGGAACGCGAUGGUGGACUCGUUUAAGAACUACUUCGAGGAACUCAAGAACCUUUUCUCCGACACCACGGAUCUCGAUUCACCCAAUGAAGUCUUUUCUAACCACUGAAAUUGGCGUUUUUCAUCGAGCAAAU